CAGCACACAACAUCGAAGUAAAUGCAGGCUGUGGCUGUCGUCGGUCUGCAUUGAAAUGAAAUUGAUACCACGAAUCUCUCCCUCUGUUAUGAUGGCGCCAGCCUCAGUUGGUAGCGAGUCCGAGAGCGCCAACUCUCCCGCAGAGGACCGGCCGAUUUCGCUGACCGCGAAGCGUAGCACUAUCGCACUCGCAACUGAGGCUCCGUUACAACCGGCGAAGCCAAGACCGACCGAGCGCGAGAAAAGUCUCUCACUUGAGCAACCGGGCUUGCGCACUAGUAGUUCCUGUUCGGUCGCCGUCGCGGGGCCGCGGACCCGAAAUACCACUCCUGCUGGUGCGUCUCUCUUUCCGCGUUCCACGUGGGCUGCAAUCACAACUCCUGCCUCUGCGCAAGCGGACGGGAAUUCUAGCGGAACAGGAAAAGGUAGGCAACAGCCACGCGUCUCGGCACCUGCGUUUUCAUCCUCCGGACGACCAGGUUCUUCUCAGGAUGCAUAUGCAAAGAAGUACGCUACAAACGACGUCACGACGACAAAUCGCAGCACCACCGCGUCGACUUCUACUACACAACCAGUAGAACAUCAACAGCAUGAGAAAGAGAAUGCAGAAGCGGCUGGGAUAGGGAUGAACCGCAUAACGUCCACUCUCACUCCCGAGUUCGUCCGCCCGUCGCCUGUUUUGGACGAAGACGAGCUUGAUGAAGUUGUUGCGGCUGCAGUCGAUGUACAGAGCCCUCAGGAAGAAUUUUCUGAACUACGCGCUCAGGAGUUUCUUGACAGAGCUGAGGACGACGAUGCGGAGCAUGUUCUUGCCGUCGAAGUCGUCGAACAAGGUGGGUUCAUCGCACUUGAGGAUGAUGGUGACGCUAUCGUCGCUGCGAUUCCGCCUUCGGAGGUGUCCUCUUCAGAGGAGGAGGGCGGAAUCAUCGAUGGUGUUGAGCCGUUUGACGGUGAAACAGGAACGGUAGAUUCGACUAAGGAAGGGAGCGAGGUGCGGCUCCUCGUGCAGAACCAGAUUGCAAGCGGUGAGGGAUUGUUCGAAAAAGGGGACGGCGCUACAAGAUCUCCUAUCCUUGGUGACAAGGGUGAUGAAGUAGCUGCUGCUCCUGAAGCUGCACUUCCACUUCGAACGAACAACAUGAUGCAGGAACAGGAUCAACAGCACGAGAGCCUACCCCUCAACGAGGCGGACUGCUCUCUCGUCCCGGCGGUAAAACAAACCCGGUAUUUCUCGCUCGACGGGAGUUUGCUGUUCGAGGGUCACGCACACACGGAGGUUUUUCGCCAUCAGGGAGUGGGUUUGAGCACGAGGAAUGCGAAUAAGAAAACGAGAGCAAGUGUGGUACGCAACGAACAUGCGAUACAGUACGAUGAAGGGGAGGAGGUGGAGGAUAUGGUGGCUGAUGCGAUCCAUGUCCGACGAGAAGAGGUCGCCGAGGAGGAGAGCGCCGUUGCAGCUGGGAACAGCGGUACAGAAUUCAGCGAGGACGAAGAUCACGAUCAUGCACUCAUGAAGCGACGCGAACCUUCGAAAGAAGUUAUUCUGCAAGGUCGUGCCCUUGCUGCAGCUGACGGCGUAGUUGCUGAACAUAUCGAAGAUCGCAAAGAAGACCAUGUCGCCUCUUUGCACCACCGCCAGACCCGAGUUGCCGCCGCGCCUUCGGUGUUUGGCCGAGGAGAAGGGUCGAAGCUCUGCGCAGAAUUGUCGCCUCGAGAACAAAAAACCAGCCCGCCGCACCAGCAGCAAGGCCGCGUUAAAACACAAUAUUCAUCUUCCCGACUUAGUAAAGACGCAAAGGUGUUCCUCGCUCAAUUUGCUGAGCCCAGCCAGAACUACGGAGCACACGCAGAUGCUGGAGAUGAACAUGAACGGCAGCUCCCGCCAUCCCGUGCUAGCCCGCCUCCUGCGAAUCACGCUCGCCUGAGUUCCACCGAGAGCUCCAUUGCAGCGCAGUCGAACAGUUGUUCCAGUGUGCCAUCAGAAGAGUUGUUCCGGCGAGGGACAAUGUGUCAUGAAGAAGGAGAUCAGCGCCGCCUCUCGAAAAGACAAGACGGGGAAACCCGGGAGGCCUGGUUGCUGCGGCAACGGAGUAUGAUGCUAGUGAAGAACGAAGAGGAGCAGCAAAAUUCCCGAUACAGUCCGGGAGAUAACGAUGCUGGCAGGAGGGGACAGGAUUUGAAUGCCAGUUCUCCACUCGGUCAAGUUGCUGGUCAGGAAGGUUGUCAUCAUGACCAAGACGGCCACGAGGACCUAGAGCAGCCGCUUCUCGAUUUCAACGACUACUCUUUACUCUCAUCGCAUAUCGAUGUGGCGUCCGCUCGCUCGGGGAAAUCUUCUUUUCUCGAGCUGGAAAACGAAAAUGAUUGCGGUCUGGAGGAAGUGGUAACGCGGUCGACGCGGCGCGUGGCGCCUAUGGUGGUGGAUGCAAGGAAGACACAAAAGACGACUACUACUCGUGGUUCAACUGCAAGAGCUGGGCGGAAAAUCCCUGUGCACAAAAGAAGCACGAGCGAGGGUGUUGAUGCUGAUGCCAUUGGACCACCACUAAUCUCCGAAGGCUUGCAGAAGAAAGUGCUGCAUCACGUCCACAUUCAUCACCACUAUGGGACGCGCGACAAAGAUAAGAUGCGGGCUGUGAUGGCACAAAGCAAGUUGAAUGACCGCAGUGAUGUUUUGUUUCACGAACACCAUCACCAACAGGUAAAGAUGAAAGGCACUUAAAACUGUGACGGACAACGUCGAAUAAAUACAGAAACAGGACCAGCAAAGAAAAAG